UGAUGUGAGCCGUGGACGGCCGUGCAAGCCUUCAGCUGGUGCCAAGACGUUUUACGGGAGCGCUGCAGCAACCAACGCGGCUUGGGGCUACUGCAACACAUAUGGAGAGCCUCCUGCGUGACCUCGGGGACGCGCGCGACGCCUGUAACAACCUGCCUUUUGACGAUGCGCUGCGCGACAAGAUAGCUACCGAACUGGAUCGCAUCAUGGCUGCUCCGCCUCUCGAGCGCAUGUUGGUGACGAAGCCGCCGGUCAAGAGGUGGGCGGAAUUGGUCAGCCGGCAGAAGGAUCCGUCCAUCAAGACGCGUCGUCAGGCUGCGCUCACCGCCAUGCUGCGCGUCGUCGACCGCCUCCCCGCUCGGGGGCCAAGCCAAGGUGUGCGGCGCUCGUCGAGAUUGACGGCAGGGCGUUGGGCUCGGCGGCGAUGUUGGAGGGUGCGCGUGCGGGUGAGGCGUCCGCGGGUGAGGCGUCCGGCGGUGAGGGAGGGGGCGGGGGCGGCCGGGCCCCGGUGAGCCCCGGGUGAGGCCCGCCCCCCUCCCGUCCCGGGGCUACUGUGAUAGGCACAUAAGAAAAGACGGUAACG